GUCCAUCAUCUUCCCUUAUAAAAACACCCUUUCACUCCGUCCAUCUCUCUCUCUAGGAAGAAUAAGAGAUUUUCCCCUUAACUCUCUUCUUCUUCUUACCAGUAAUUGCAAUUUGAAAUCUGCAUUUUCAUUUUCUUGGAAAUCAUUGAUCUUGAAAGGGAAACAGAAAGACGAUGGCGAGAAAUAACAACAGCCACCAUCAAGACAACAGUACAAACACCGCCACCCCCGGCGGACCGGUGGUGGCACUGUCCAAGAAGACUUUGCCAACUGCAAAAACCGUUGAUACACAGUCCGUUUUAAAAAGGUUGCAAUCCGAACUGAUGGCCCUAAUGAUGAGCGGAAAUUCUGGAAUAUCUGCUUUCCCUGAGGAAGACAAUAUAUUCCAUUGGAAAGGAACAAUUACUGGCAGCAAAGAUACAGUAUUCGAAGGAACAGAAUACAAGUUGUCGCUAUCCUUCCCUUCCGACUACCCUUUCAAGCCUCCAAAGGUCAAAUUUGAGACGAGCUGCUUUCAUCCCAACUUCGAUAUGCACGGGAAUAUAUGCUUGGACAUAUUACAGGAUAAAUGGUCGUCUGCCUACGAUGUGAGGACAGUACUGCUAUCCAUUCAGAGCUUGCUUGGAGAGCCUAACACGAGUUCACCUCUCAACGCUCAAGCAGCAUCACUAUGGGGAAAUCAAGAAGAGUACAGGAAAAUGGUGGAGAAAUUAUACAAGCCCAGUGGAUAGAGAUUUCUCAAAAUGCAAUUGCGCAUUUCAUUCUUUUCGUUUUUACUGCUGAUAAGGAAAAUCAAUGGCACAAUUCUUUCCAUUUUACUUUAGAAAAGGAAAAUCGUUUACUUUUAUUUGUUUAUGUUUAAACUUUCAAGGACUUCGAAUUUGAAGCGAUAUACUAAAUGAAUGUGCGCAAUGUAAUGAGUUAGUGAACU